AUGGUGUCCUGCAAGACCGUGGCUGCCCUGCUGGUGGUUCAUGCCGUUGCUCUGCUGGCCUCCCAGACAGAAGCCUUCGUUCCCAUCUUCACCUACAGCGAGGUCAAGAAAAUGCAGGAAAAGGAGCGGAGCAAAGGGCAAAAGAAAUCUCUGAGUGAACAGCAGUGGUCUGAAGACACGGGUGCUCUGGACCUCGCAGAGCCCACAGGGGAGAAAGAAGACCAAGUUUUCGGGCUGACUGCUCCCAUGGAAAUUAGAAUAAGGAUGGACUCCAGGCAGCUGGAAAAGUACCGGGCCGCCGUGGAAGGGCUGCUGAGCGAGGUGCUGCUGUCCACCCAGGACGGUCCAGCGGGAGUGUGGCCAAAUGACAGUCCAUUCCACUCCUGGGAGAAAGAGGCAGGUGGCCACCAAAACUGAGAGCGUCACCCCGGGGAGGCCCCGGAAGGCUGCGUGGCCCGGCGUUGGGACUGGAAGGAAAUCACCUUCUCCCAAGCUAAUCCCCCUCCAGCAAAUAAAACGUGAAAUAUACAUAAAUGACUCUUUUAUU